AUGAUGGCACCAGCUACAAUGCAGUCCUGUACUAGUCGACUUCUAUUUGCAGCGCUGCUGCUUGUGCUAUCCCAUCCAACCGCCACACAGCUCGUUCCCAAUUGUGCUAGUACACUUGGCUGUCUCUCUUAUCCGGUUGACACUUCCUGCCCCAAUCCGGACGAGUUUUGGUCACCGACGGCUGCCCUCGGCGGAUGUUGUCCCGGUUGUGUACGUGGUCUUUCCCUUGGGACACCGUGUGGCGAUGGUACGACUACCGAGGGUUCCGCGCAUUCCGCCACUCCCUGUGCUCCGGGAUUAGUGUGCGGUGUUGGCAGUGUUUGUCGCUUGAACACCGGAGACUGUUUAUCGACAUACCACGUACCAGCCAACAUUAUCGACUGGGUUCCGCAAUGCGAUAGCCGCGGCCAGUUCGCACCCAAACAAUGCCGCGGAGAUCGAAUCAACGGACGCUGCUUUUGCUAUUCCGCCGGGGGCAAACGCAUUUUUGGCUGGAGCUGGCGUAAUGGAGCACAAAACAUGACUUGCGCUUGUAGUCGACGACGUGCCGAGCUGGAAGCGGAAGGAAGGAUUGACGUAACACUGCACUGCACACAAAACGGAAACUACGAAGAAUUGCAAUGCGAUCAAGAUGUCUGCUGGUGUGCAGAUGCAAAGACUGGUACCCAAAAGCCCGGCACUCGUGCAGUUUCGGCGGAAUUGUGGACCUUGCUACCUUGCUAUAACGGAACACUUCAGGGCGUACAGUAUCUGAGACGUUGCGAAAGUAAAGCAUUUUCGCAGAUACUUCAACGCAAACAAUUCAUCAUCCGCGGGCACACGGGCGUAACGUUCACCGAUACACUAUGCGAAUACGACGGCAGCCACGGCCGGUACAUCAUCGAGGGACAAGAAGCUGCCUGUACGUGGGUUGAUGGGACUAAAAUUGAUCCCUACAGAACGUCACUCCAAACACUGGCUGCGUUGAACUGUAAUUGCGCACGCGACUUGAAGCUUUUCACGCUGGCCGGACGGAAGAUGGAGCUGGCCUGCGAAGGCAAUGGAAACUAUGUGCCGUUGCAGUCGCGCAACGGUGAACUGUUCUGCGUUGAUCCGGACGGAUUUGUGGUGGCGGAGAACGUGCCCGAACAAACGAACUGCGAACAGUUCAUUUUCGGCGCAAGUUUGUUGUAA